UGGAGAGUGUUGUACGCGUUGUUGUCCGUGUGUUGAUUUGCUUCGCUCCCCAAUCCUGGGUUAUGAGCAUAUGUCGCUUCCUCAAGAAUAAACAGAACCCUGGCAUCACCUGGGGAAAUUCCAUCAUCAGGCUACCUGGUGGCAUCAUCGUCAAAAGAGGCGGUGUUACCCCGGGUGAAGUCGCCACACAGUCCUAUGCGUAUCACCACCUUGAUCCCCGCAUCAUUCGCGUUCCGCGCAUCUACCACUAUUUCCAGGAUUUCAGCGAUCGUUCCUUGCCGACAGGCUAUCUUUUCAUGGAAUACAUUCCUGGACCGACUCUGGAAGAAUUCGAUGAACCCACCGGCACAUAUCUGACGCGGCGUUUGGCAAAUGUGGUUGAGCACCUCCAACAAUUUCAGGCUAGUAUUCCUGGCCCUGUUGGAGGGGAAAUCCCUCGAGGGAACUUGUGGGGCUUCGAUGACGCUGGGAUGGCCUUCAAGUCUGUUGAAGACCUGACUGCAUGGGUGAACAGACGGAUUGAACUGCUUAAAAAGACUGUUGAUUUCAGCUCAUACCCUCUUGUUUUCUGUCACUUGGAUCUUUGCCGGCGCAAUGUCAUUGUGGCCAAGAACGGCACACUAUGUCUUCUUGACUGGGCCUAUGCUGGGUUUUACCCACGGUUCUAUGAAACGGCAGCCAUCAACUUCUACAAUGACGAUUUCUGGAAGUCUUUUCUUGAUACUGUCAACGAAACUAUUGCUUUAACUGAUGAUGAAAAGCGAAGCAUGGAUUUGAUUAUGCGAGCUCGUUCUGCCAACAUGCGGUGGCUUUUCAACUAAUUAUACUCGCGCCCUUCACAUCCUGUGACCCUGCAUAGUUUAACCCUCACCGUCCUGAUCUACACAAAGGUUCCUGGCUCCAUCGGGUCAUAUUCUCGGGCCUGGUUUUUGGAGUAAUUGUAUUGGAGAUCCUCGAUGGCCUCGUUGACUUUGAUCGGGCUCGAUGGAUUGAUGUACCCCGCAGCUUCCAGAUCCUCAAUCAUCGUUCUACUAUAA